AUGGGGCGCUGCGUCGUGGUGCUGCUGCUGCUCGGCCUCGGGGGCGCAGUGUGCGGGCGGUGGCAGGAGGAGUUCCUGCGGCUGGGGUCGGAGGGAGGCGGGACGAGGUGGGGCGUGCUGGUGGCGGGGUCGAAGGGGUUCUACAACUACCGGCACCAGGCGGACGUGUGCCACGCGUACCAGAUCAUGAGGAAAGGAGGCCUCAACGACGACAACAUCGUGGUGAUGAUGUACGACGACAUCGCCAGCCACCCCGACAACCCCAGGCCCGGGACCAUCAUCAACCACCCUUCCGGCCCCGACGUCUACGCCGGAGUCCCCAAGGAUUACACUCGCAAGGACGUCACCGUCAACAACUUCCUGGCCGUGCUGCUGGGCAACAGGUCGGCCCUCACCGGCGCCGGCAGCGGCAAGGUCGUCAGCAGCGGCCCCAACGACCACGUGUUCGUCUACUACGCCGACCACGGCGGCCCCGGCGUGCUGAGCAUGCCAGGACCGGCGGAGGGCGAGUACCUGUACGCCAACGACCUGGUGCAGGCGCUGAAGAAGAAGCACGCCGCCGGCGCCUACAAGAGCCUCGUCAUGUACGUGGAGGCGUGCGAGUCCGGCAGCAUCUUCGAGGGCCUCCUCCCCACCGACAUCGCCGUCUACGCCACCACGGCCUCCAACGCCGACGAGAGCAGCUGGGGCACCUACUGCCCCGGCGACGACCAUGGCGCCCCGCCGCCGGAGUUCGACACCUGCCUCGGCGACCUCUACAGCGUGGCCUGGAUGGAGGACGCCGACGCGCACCAGGACGGCCGCCGGGGCGAGACGCUGCAGCAGCAGUACAGGUCGGUCAAGAACCGCACGUCGGACGCGGGCACCUACUUCCUCGGCUCCCACGUCAUGCAGUACGGCGACAUGAGCCUCAGCCCGCAGAGCCUCCACCUCUACUACAUGGACACACCUGCUGCAGCCAGCCGUGCUGACGACGCCGCCGCCGCCAUACCUGCGAGUGUGAGCGUGAACCAGCGUGACGCCGAUCUCCUCUACCUGUGGCGCAAGUACAUGAGAGCGGCGCCCGAGAAGAAGGUGGAGGCUCGGGAGCGGCUUCUGCAAGAGAUGGGGCGGCGAUCCCGCGUGGACAGCAGCGUGGAGCUGGUCGAGGGCCUCAUCUUCAGCUCCGGCAAGGAGAAGGAGGAGAAGAAGGCGAAGGCGGGGCAGGCGGUGGUGGAGGACUGGGAGUGCCUCAAGUCGAUGGUGCGGACGUUCGAGGCGCGGUGUGGGUCGCUGGGGCAGUACGGCAUGAAGCACAUGCGCUCCUUCGCCAACAUCUGCAACGCCGGCGUCUCUCACCACGCCAUGGCAACUGCCGCCUCCCUCGCAUGUCCUCCUCACUUGUAAAUUCUUCAUUCUCAUCGCGUCCACGCCAUGGAUCCAUCCAUCUUAAUUACUGCCACUGUAAAUAAUAAUAUAUACUCCAUCAAAGUACCGCUAAAUUAAUCCAGAUCGAUCGGUCAAGUUUCAUCACUUAGGCGAAACAGUUUCCAAUAUCUUUUCCUAAAA